AUGGAAGAGGUACGCAAAAGGGUGGAACGAGCAAAGGAAAAAAUUAAACAAAUUGGUAGAGAAAUUCACCAAUUUGAUUUAAAAAAAAGUGUAGAGAAAUUUUUCCUCGAAAAUGGAAAAGAAAAGCAACUCAGUGAUAUGUUAUUCUUGGUACAAUAUUCACUCAAGUAUAAAAAUGUGUGCAAAUGGCCAAAUUACAAUGAUCUCUUAGUAAUCAAUUAUAACAUAAAUGAUCAUUUCAAAUCAAUGCUUCAAAAAAAUGGGCGAUUUGUUCAACAAUAUAAAAACGGCACACCUGAUGGAGGGACAGAUAGCACAACAACCAUGAGCCGAGACCGAGAAACCGCACUCGGGAGUAGCGACAAGAGCGCCACAAUAAAUCACAACGUUGAAGGAAACGCUCCCCAGACAGCACAGAAGGAAAUAGAUGCUAACUCGCAGAAUGGCAUGGCAAGCAAUAUUAAAAAUUCGCGCAGUAGCGAAGAUAGAGAAGAACAAAUUUUCCCUGAUGGAACACAUUUAACAAAAGGCGAACUUCCACACAACUUCCUUCCUGAUAACUCCGUGCCAAAAUCGCUCACGUCGAAGGAAUUCACCCCGCAAAGCACUCCCCCUGAAAACAGUGCAAGGAGAAAAAAGGAAAACAAAUUUGUUACCUACUUUAAUGAAGACAUAAGUCCUUACGACAAAAUAAAGUUGCAAAUUUUUAUGUACUUUGUGUUGAACAAUUAUAGAGUUAAAAUUUUAGUGGACGCAUUAUCUGCGCUAAAUCGCCCAAUUAAUGUUAUAUACAUAAAUUGUCCUAAUAAUAAAGAGCAGAAGAGGACAUUUUUUGAAAAGGUGGCUAGCUUCUUUACUCCCCAGUACAAACUGGGUGAUGUUUUCGUGAAUAAUAAAAAUAAUUAUGUACCAAAGAGCAAAGAAAAUUGCUCAUGUUCGGAAUUGUCCCCCAUUAGAUAUAGUAAUAAUCCAACAACUUCCUCUUCCAAGGAUGGAAAUUCAAAUUACGUAGGUGGUUACAACCCUAUAAACAACACUAUUUGGAUUUGUUCAAAUAAUAUUAAAAAUUAUUAUAAGCUCAAAUAUAUACUAACGCAUGAACUUAUACAUGCCUUUGAUUUUGCAAGGGCAAAUAUAGACAUGUACAAUUGCCACCAUAUUGCUUGCUCAGAAAUAAGAGCCUAUAAUAUGAGCAAUCAGUGCAGUUAUUUUAACAGCAAAUAUUUUUCCCCCGAUCAUGAUGUCUUUACUAAUUUUAAAACACCCUCAAUUAGAGCUACACCUAAGAAUAAAUGCAUAUAUAAUAAUGUGUAUUCAUCUCUCAACCAGUACAAGCCUUGUACCAACAACACACAUCAGUACAUAAAUGAAGUAUUUGAGAAAUGCCUACACGAUUAUUGGCCCUUCAUGUGCUCACCUGAACAGGAUAGCAAAUACAAGCCCUCCAAGAUUUUUAAGAAGGAUUUCUGA